GUGAGUGAAGAGAUUUACCGAGGAGCAUGGAGUGAGGAGUGGCUGGGAGCUGGAGGCUGCGGGAGAGAGAGCGGGCAGAGCCGAGAUGGCGGUGGCGCGGGCUUUCGGGGUCCUGCUGCUGCUUGCUAUUGGGACUCAAGCUAAAAUACUGUUCACCAAGGAGCCGUAUUCCCAGGAUGUUUUCCAUGGCCGCGGUGCCAUCUUGCCCUGUGAAGUGGAACAACCCAGUGACAUAGAAUUUGCGUGGCUACAGAAUGGAGUACCUGUUCAGGACACGGAACGUCGUUUCAAGGAAGGAAGCAGCCUGCAGAUCAUAUCAGUGGAUAGGCAGAAAGAUGGUGGAAACUUCCAGUGUGUAGCCAGGAAUGUAGUGACUGGAGAAGAAGCUCGCACAGCAAAUGCAUCUUUCAAUAUAAAGUGGAUUGAAACAGGAGGAGUUGUUUUGAGGAGCCCAGCCACAAUGGAGGAUAUACAAAGUUCUGCCACAGUAACAUUGCGCUGCCACAUUGAUGGGCACCCACGCCCAACAAGUCGGUGGUUCCGAGAUGGCAGCUUGAUUGAGAGUAAUCAUAACAACUACUCAGUCAUUAGCAAGGAGCGAACUCUGAUUCUCAAGAAUGCUGGUCCAGAUGACAAUGGCAUCUAUUAUUGCUGUGCUCGGAAUGCGGUGGGCUCUGUUUGCAGCAGCAACAAUUUCACUCUCAACAUCAUAGAUGACAGCUUCCCUCGCCCAGUAAUUGUGCCUGAGAACCAGAUUGUCAAUAGGAACGAGGAGGCCAUGUUCCAUUGCCAGUUCACAGCAGUGCCACCACCUGUUCAGGAAUGGAUGUUUGAUGGAAAGGUUGUUUCCAAUAUAAGCAGGACGGUGGUGUUUUCCAAUGGCUCUCUCCUGAUACCUCAGGUGAAAACACGUAAUGCAGGAGUCUACAGAUGUGUUGGCCGAGGUCAGAGAGGGAAACCUGUCAUUUUGGAAGCCACUCUGCAGCUGGCAGAAAUUGACGACAUGUUUCCCCUCAAGCCAAAGACCUUCAUAGACAAUACAGAGCAGCGUGUGGUCUGUUAUGCACCUCGAGGAGUCCCUGAACCCCAUAUGUGGUGGGAAAGAAAUGGUGUUCGGAUCCCCACUUCUGGCCGAGUACGGCAAGAAGCGGAGGAGCUCAUCUUUGAGAACGUCGUUGAAAAGGAUGCGGGGCUCUAUACUUGCCAUGCAGCAAACAAAGCUGGAGAAAAAAAACAAGACCAGAUCAUCACAGUAGCCACAAAGCCGACGUGGGUGAUAAAGCCCAUGGAUGUUCAGCUAGAAGAAGGUAAACCAGGCUAUCUUCACUGCCUCAGCAAAGCUUCUCUGAAGCCCACUGUCACCUGGUAUCGCAAUGGCAACCCAAUUUCAGAGGAUUCCCGCUUUGACAUUGCCGAGAAUGGGACGCUGCGCAUUAACAAUGUAGAUGUGUAUGAUGUUGGCGCAACAUACAAAUGUGUGAGCAGCACACCAGCAGGGAGCAUUGAGGCACAAGUUCGUGUGCAAGUUCUCGAGAACUUGAAGUUCACCCCUCCUCCUCGGUCCCAGCAAUGUGUUGAGUUUGAUAAAGAUGACACAAUAUCCUGCUCAGCCACGGGCCUGGAACAGCCUACGAUCCACUGGAUUAAAAGCGAUGGAAGCACCUUGCCAACACGGGUCAGUGACAAUGCUGGGAUCCUGCAUUUUCAUAGAGUGAUAAGAAGCGACGCUGGCAACUAUACUUGCAUUGCCUCCAAUAACCCACAGGGAGAGAUCAGAGCAAUGGUUCAACUCACAGUGGCAAUUUUCGUAAGUUUUAAGCUGAAGCCAGAUGACACCACAGUGUAUCAGGGACACACAGCCAUGUUCCAGUGCCAAGCUGAGGGUGACCCAGUGCCGCAAAUCCAGUGGAAAGGGAAAAACAGAAUUCUUGAACCUGAAAAAUAUUUACCCAGGAUCCAGAUUAUGCCCAAUGGCUCUCUGAUAAUAUAUGAUGUCACUACAGAAGACGCUGGCAAGUACACCUGUAUCGCUGGCAACAGUUGCGACAUCAAGGAUCAUGACGCCUUCCUCUAUGUUGUAGACAAACCAAUUGCAGAACGAGGUGAUUCGCCCAACAACCACACCCCAUACAAGAUGAUUCAAACCAUAGGGCUCUCGGUCGGAGCUGCAGUGGCAUAUAUCAUCAUUGUGCUGGGGCUCAUGUUCUACUGCAAGAAGAGGAGAAAGGCAAAGAGGUUGAAAAAGCAGCCAGAGGGGGAGGAGCCUGAGAUGGAAUGUCUGAAUGGGGGCACUUUACUGCAAAAUGGGCAAACUACUGCUGAAAUCCAAGAUGAAGUGGCUUUGACGAAUCUUGGCAGUAGUUCAUCGGCCAGCAAGAGGCACAGUACCAGUGAUAAGAUGCAUUUUCCCCGCUCCAGUUUGCAGACAAUCACCACCUUAGGAAAGGGUGAGUUUGGAGAAGUCUUCCUGGCCAAGGCAAAAGGCAUUGAAGACAGUGAAACGGAAGUGCUCGUUCUAGUCAAGAGCCUUCAAACAAGGGAUGAACAGCUGCAGCUGGACUUCAGGCGAGAGUUUGAGAUGUUUGGCAAAUUAAAUCACAGCAAUGUGGUGCAACUGCUAGGCCUCUGCCGGGAAGUAGAGCCUCAUUAUAUGAUUCUGGAAUAUGUGGAUCUGGGGGACCUGAAACAGUUCCUGAGAAUUUCUAGGAGUAAAGAUGAGAAACUCAAGCCCCAACCCAUCAGUACCAAACAGAAGGUAUCCUUCUGCUGCCAAGUGGCACUGGGAAUGGAGCAUCUCUCAAACAGCAGAUUUGUACAUAAAGACCUGGCAGCUCGGAACUGUCUGGUCAGUGCCCAAAGGCAGGUCAAGGUGUCAAGCCUGAGCCUCAGCAAGGAUGUUUACAACAGUGAAUACUAUCACUACCACCAAGCCUGGAUCCCACUCCGCUGGAUGCCGCCUGAAGCUGUCUUGGAGGAUGAAUUCUCCACCAAGUCCGACGUUUGGUCCUUUGGGGUCAUCAUGUGGGAAAUAUUUACACUUGGGGAGAUGCCGUAUUCCAAAUUGGCAGACGAAGAGGUGCUAGCAGGUUUACCAUCUGGAAAGAUGAAGCUUCCCCAUCCAGAGGGUUGCCCUUCCAAGAUCUACAAAGUGAUGCAGCGUUGUUGGGCCCCCAGCCCAAAGGACCGCCCAUCAUUCAGCGAGAUCGCCAACAUGCUUGGGGAAAGCCCAUCUGAAAGCAAAGCCUGAGCAGGGAAAGGUUGGCCCUUUUUGCAGGGUUGGGAACAGCCGGAGAGCAGUUUUGGCAUUUGACUGUUACAGACUCUCCAAUGAGACCCAAAGUCCACGCUCACAGGGACUGUGGAUUUUUACACUAAUGGACAAAAGUUAUGGACAUUGUCCCUUUACCAAGAGCCUCCUGAUCAGGCCCUGUUCUCUGCCCCUCACCAGGCUGCAUUCCUCCAGGUUCUACCUCCGAUUUCUGCGGGGCUAAUCAACAUCCAUGAGCUGCAGGGGAUGCUGGAAAAGCGACCACAGGCCACUUUGGCAAUAAAGGCCUAGGGCAAGUUUUGGAACUCCUGGCUUGGCACGUCAGGCAUUUUCUUCUUCUGUCUGUCAAGGUCACUGAGGUCUGUUCCGACUGGCAGUGGCUCUCCAAGAUCUUAAGCCAGAGAGGUCUUUCAUAUCAUGUAUACCUGGGGGUGCCUGGGGCCUUCUGCGUGCCAAGCAGGUGCUCUACCAAUGAGCCAUGGCUGCACCCCAUUCAGGUCUCAGAAUGCCUUUCCUAAUAAGCACAAGCAAGUUCCUUUCAUUUGAGACAGUCUUCAUUUGGGGCAAGGUAUGGAUUUUCUGCUCAUGAGCAUUUUACAGUGUUCAGGAAAGGAGGCAACCAGGUAUUUUGGAGUGAGGCCUGAACAAGGCAUCAAAGCAUCUUAUAAACUGGAGAGAGAAUAAUAGUCCGUUUCCACAUGUAUAGUGCGGCAUCUGGCCACUGCCCAGAUUGUCUGUUGGGAAACAGCCCUGGGCCACACAGUUUACUGCAACGACUCAGUCCCCAGUUACUCUACAUUGGAUAGUUUUUGGACUUCAUCCAUAACCUGACUGUGUCUGAGGUUGAGAGCUGCCCUCAACCUCCUGCUCCUCGCUCGUGUCCUGGAUGUAGUAUCCACCCAUUGGAAAAGAAGAUUCUUCCUUAUCCCACCAUGUGCUGCUCUCUUAAGUCAACAAGGAACCUGUAUAUUUAUUAAGCAGUUAUCUUGUGUCUCUCCUUCUGGUAUUGUUCAUCAGGCCUUCUUGUGCCUCACUACAUAUCCAGAAGGAGCAAAGAAAACUAAGUGCCUGGCAUAUGAAGGAGAUUUUCACUUGGUUUCCUGGCUAUCCUUUUUAUACAAUUAUUUUGGGGCAAUGUUUGUUUACCGUUUGUUUUUUAAAAAAUGUUGACACCUCUCAGCCUUAGUAUUUUUUAAUUAUUAUUAUAAUUAUUAUUACAGGAAUUGCAGCCUAGAGUCAUUUUAGUUUCAGUUUGCUUGAGCGGAGGGUAAAACAGCCAAGAGGUUUUUUUUUUAUAUGCUGCUCUCAAUAAAAAAAGUCCCUCUCUUUUUAAAAAAAAU